CUUUUCUCCAUCACGGUCGGGGGUGCUGUCCCGCUCAGAGCUGUAAGCCAGCCAGACCUGGUGGAGCGCCUCAUCUCUGUAGACAUUAGUCCUGUCUCAACUGCGCCUGUCUCUGAAUUCUCUGCCUACAUCUCUGCCAUGAAGUCGGUGAAGAUCCCAGAUGGCCUGCCCCGCUCUGUGGCCCGCCAGCUGGCUGACGAUCAGCUGCGUCCAGUGGUCCAGCUUCCACAGAUGAGACAGUUCCUCCUCACCAAUCUGGUGGAGGUGGAGGGCCGCUAUGUCUGGCGGGUGAACCUGGAGGCUAUUUCCCACCACUUGGCAGAUGUCAUGAACUUCCCCGUCUUCCACAAGCCAUAUCAUGGCCCUGCACUCUUCUUAGGAGGAUCCAACUCACCCUAUAUCAGCUCCAAAGACUACCCGGAGAUCCAGCGCCUCUUCCCCAAGGCGGAUAUCCAGCACAUCGCAGGUGCAGGCCACAUAGUCCAUCAGGAUAAAUUUGAAGAAUUCGUCACUGCUGUCCUCAAUUUCCUGCCACCACCAUAG